GUGUUGCAAAAAGUAUUGUAGUGUGCGACAAUCAGUGGGAAAGUGUGCAUGGUUCUUGCGCUUAUUAGAGAAAGCUACAAACUUAUGCAAGGAUAUCAAUAUGCUUAAACAAUGGUACAGUAAUAAUAAUGCUUCAUAAACAAUAGGAAGAAGAUUUAUCUGACAGUGAAUCAUCAAAACAAGAUAUUUUCCGGUGAGUGCAGACUGGAAGAUUGUUUUUAUUACCUGUAUUCCCUUCAAGUUCAAACCUCUUGAUCCAUAAGGUGCUAGCUAUGUAGGGAAUGCGAGGAACUUGUCUCGGGUAUCUUCAGAGAUGGCAUCGACGAUGGUUUAUUCUGCGGUCUAACAAUGGCCUGAGCACGCUAGAAUAUUACAAAGACGAAAAAAGUAAAGCCCCGAUUAAGGUCAUUAACCUGGAUGAAUGUGAUCAGGUCGACGAGGGCCUGACCUUCAGUGCCAAGCCGGCGUUUGGGUUCAUCUUCGAUUUGAAGACAAAAGAUCGCAAGUAUUUUUUGGUGGCCGAAUCGGAGGAGGAGAUGAGUCGCUGGGUGCAACAGAUAUGUAAUGUUUGCGGUUUCUUCUCAGAAGAAAAUCCAGAAGAGGAGGAGGAUACAUCUCCAUAUAGUCCUUCCCCAGAUCCUGGCUUACCAAUGCUACCUGUACAAUCAGCAGAUCCAGUGUUAAAUACACACCCAGAAUCACAAGCAAUGAUUCCACCCCUGGAAACAAAUGGAAUACUCCAGCAUGAUACCGUACCACCAGAAGACAGAAAUGAUUCCUAUCUCAAACUUUGGGUGGAAAAUGGAGAUAUUCAAAAUGGACACACUGACAUGGGGGAAAGAACGGCAAGUGUUCCAGAACUGCCUCCCCCUUCACCCCCAAAAGAGAUCUAUAGUGUCCCUAGGAACCAAUCAACGUAUGACGUGCCACCCCCUCCUGUUAGUUGGAAUGCACCUGUGUACGAUAUUCCUCCAUCAUCACGGUUUGUUGAGGACGUACGAGCUAUGGAAGAUAAAGAUGUUGAGCAUCCAAUUUAUAAAGCAGUCCCGCGACGAAGUACAUCUGUAGAUGUACCAAGCAGAAACUUUGAACAGCAAAUCUCACAAACUAACUGCGAUGGUGAUGACUCAUUUGGACAUACACUGGAGGACGAUGAUGACGACGAUGGCGACGAAGAUGACUCUCCAUACCAGGUACCACCAAACAACCAGUCUGUGCUCAACCACCGAUUGCUUGUCCAUCUCACAAAUGAUGAUGUUAGCAAAUCAACAGAUGACUUAGCGCAAAAGUUCAAGUUAAUCUCACAGUCAAAUCAAGCCCGGCCUGUUAAUACUGGAAGCGAGUCUGAGAACAUUUAUAUAAAUGACGUGCAAAGGAAUGUAAACCAGGAUGUGCCUCCAAGGCCCCCUAAGCCACCGUCUUUGACAAUGAGCGAAGCAAACAGUUUGUCCAGCGUUGUUUCCCCAUUUAGACAACAAGAUGAUUGCGUGUUUGACUCGUACCCGAUGUGUUAUGAACCAAUGGUGGCUAACCAACCAUAUAAAUCACCUCCCAUUAAGGCACCUCCCCGCCCUCCAAAACCAGACUCUUUACGAAAUAAUAACAGUGGGCCAGCUACGCCACCUCCUAGUUUUGAGGAUUCUUUUGCGCAUUCACGACAGACUGGAAUAUCUCCGCGGCAGCUUGAAGGACGUUUAUCAGAGACCGUUGCUUUUGAUGAUUUAUAUGCACCAAUGAGCGCUACCAACACAAGAUCUCCAUCGUUAUCAUUUGUAAGUUCAAACGGUUCCAUAAGUUUGGAGCAGUUUUAUCCUUCAACUCGAAAAGAGUCCGGAGAAGGCUACUUGAAUCUUCGCGACGAUGAGAAAUGUUCGAUAACUUCGCCGUCUUGCCUCGUUUCUGGCGGUUUUUACAUGCCGAUGCAAGGCACGGCCAAUCCAAGUCCCAGCUUCACAAAACCGACAACGGAUACACAUUAUUUACCAAUGCAAAGCAGUUUGGACGAUACAACAGAUGACUACUAUGCCGGGCUGAGAGAACAACCAAGAGUACCUCCACAUUCUGUGCCUCCACCGCCAGUGCGUGCACCGGUAAGACACAGCUCUGUACCUCAACGCCUUGUACCGCCACCUGUUGACCGAUCUAUCAAACCAAACAGAAUUGAAAGUGAUAGCAUGGGAAUGCAUGGAAGCUACUAUGCAACAGAUGUUGAAGUUCCGCGUAUGGAUAGAAAAACCAGAAGUUUCCACAAAACUCGAGAACAUAGGUAAGGAUUUUUGUCCAAAAAUGAAGUCCAUGUAUUUACUUAUCUCUGAUUCAAGUUU